CGAGUCACAUCCUGUCACGUGAUAUCUCUCCACGCGUUCCCCCCACUCGAACGUGUGACUUCGCGUUUGUCGCGACUCGCCCGGAACAACCCCAUUCCGACUUCAACCUUCAACUUUCUAAAUCAAUUGACCUCAACCCCGGUCACUACGCUCACCAUUUACACAGGACGGGGGACUCAAGAAUGACCCAUUGCCUCGAAUUAUCUCUACAGUCGAGGCGGCAUGGGCAAGCCGCGGGCAGCUCGUGAGAAGCCCGUCGUACUAUCAUCCGAUGAAGAUGAUGGGCCAUAUUCUCCGCCUCCGAAGCGCCCUAAAAGAGGCACAUUGACGGCUCCUGCCUACGCAGAACCCCAGAACAGUUCUGAAGUCGCAAGACCUCGGUCGCGGGCUCAGGGCGGCCACGCUUCUAAAGCUCGUCAGACGUCUUCGAACCAACGCUCCUCCACGAAAUCCCCUCAAAAGGCGAAACCAACCCAUAAACCUAUAACAUCAUUCUUUAGUAAUGUCCCUCGGUCCCAAAUUGCACAACCAUCGCCUAGCCCCGAGAAAAUUUCGAAAGGUGAAUCUCUUGAGGACAUUGAUGAUAUAUUCGACUCCUCAGAGGAUGAUCCACAACUGCGACAACCAAAAGCACUAGCGGUACGGAAAAGACAACGUGAAGCAUCUGUGGUGAAUAAUGAUACUACUGCAAAGGGUAGCUCGCGCUUUCUCCGCACCAACAAUGGUUCACAAAGUACUCCCUCGACACAAUUGAACGCCCGCCAGCUGGAUGUAGAUAGCAGGCCAUGGAACGAGAAGUACGGCCCCCAAACUCUAGACGAGUUGGCAGUGCAUAAGAGAAAGGUUUCUGACGUGCGGGCAUGGCUGUUGGAUACGUUCAGUGGUCAACACCGUAAGAGACUCCUGCUGCUGAAGGGGCCAGCGGGUUCCGGGAAAACGGCCACCGUGUCGCUGCUUGCUAAAGAGCUUAGCAUUGACGUACACGAAUGGAGCAACCCUGCAGGUGCGAGUGCUUCAACCGAAGGGUUUGUAUCUAUUACCGCACAGUUUGAGGAUUUUGUCGGAAGAACAGGCAAUUUCGGAAGUCUUGCCAUGGUCGAUUCGUCCCAAUCCCAGCCCAAUCCGCCCAAGCAACAAGCCAGUAGACCUAGCGGGCGAAAUCACUUGAUUGUGGUCGAAGAGUUUCCAAACACAUUUGCACGGGCAUCCACGGCCGUUCAGUCAUUUCGCUCCGCAGUUUUGAAUUUUCUCGCUUCUACUACGCCUUCAUCUUCAUUCUUCUUGAACGCAAAGUCGCCACAAGAUCAUUCGAUCACUCCCAUGGUCAUGAUCAUAUCUGAGACUCUUUUAUCAACAAAUACGGCUGCAGCUGAUAGCUUCACAGCUCACCGCUUACUAGGCCCGGAGAUUCUGAAUCACGAAGGAGUUUCUGUUAUUGAGUUCAACUCAAUUGCAACUACCAUCAUGACCAAGGCAUUGACCUUGACCGUCAAUAAAGAGGCCCGUCAAAGCGGAAGGAAGAAAACGGUCGGGCCUCAGGUCAUUCAACAACUCUCGAAUCUAGGUGACAUUCGUAGUGCUGUGUCGUCUUUAGAAUUCCUCUGCGUCAGAGGCGAUGAACAUGAUGGCUGGGGAGGGAAGAUCACAUUUGCAAAGAAGAAGGGAAACACCAAUAUUCCUCUGACCAAGAUGGAAAAAGAGUCUUUAGAGAUGAUAACGCAACGCGAAAGUACACUAGGCAUAUUCCAUGCCGUGGGAAAAGUCGUCUAUAACAAACGCGUGCAAGACGCUCCGAACGAAUUGCCAGUUCCUCAACCCCCUCCCUGGUUCCCUGAACGCCGUCGACCAAAACGUUCCGAGGUUGAUGUAGAUUCUUUGAUUGACGAAAUCGGCACUGACACUCAUACCUUUAUUGCUGCCCUUCACGAAAAUUACCCUCUUUCCUGUACUGGGGCAGAUAGCGAGGAGACCAUGGACUCGAUCGAAGGGUGUAUGGAGGCAUUAUCCGAUGCAGAUCUAUUAUCCCCCGAUCGUUUUAGUACAGCUGGCUUCGGGAAACAGAACUUCCAGGGGUCGAGCUCGGAUAGCUUGCGCCAGGAAGAGAUGAGUUUCCAAGUCAGCGUUCUUGGUAUGUUGUAUAGCCUGCCAUCUCCCGUCAAGCGCGCUGCAAAUCCAUCUGGCACUUCUGUAAUGAAGGGAAAGGGUUCGAGUGUGUUCAAAAUGAAUUCGCACUCAAUGUAUUACCCGGAUUCGCUUCGUAUAUGGCGCACGCAGGAAGAGCUUGGAGGACUACUGGACCUUUGGGUCUCUCGCAUACGACGUAAUGAUCUUUUGUCCUCAGACUCUGUCCCGAAGUAUCUUGACAGCUCUAGUACAGCCGGUGUAGAAUCCUGGAAAUCGUCUGGCUUUCAUGCCGGCAACAGUGGGAAUACCGCAACCGAUGAAUCGUCACCCUUGUCAACUCUACUUGGAAGUGGAGGAUCAGCUCGUUUUGAAACACUGCUGGAGCGUCUUCCAUAUUUAUACUUGAUUUUGCGCGGCUCAACUUCAACCUCGAGAACACCACCAAAGGGAAUGCGAGAGAUCGAGAAAUUGGUCACUUUCGGCGGUAGUGCGGCUAUGUACGGUGACGAAAAGGAGGAUGAUUAUGGAGAUUCUGACGAGCAUGAACAAUGGGCAACCGACCUUCCUGCGCCAACUACACCACAAAAGCGGAGACGUCACACGGUGGGGUUGCGGAAGACUGAACAUAAAUCUCCGACGUCCAUGAUAGUCGCAAGAGAUGUGGCAACAAUGACUUUGAGUGACGAUGACAUUGAAGACUGAUGGUAGAUCAGAACCACGGACUGCAAUGGAUUUCAAAUAGGUGUAAAUUACUAUAUAAUUAAUCUAAAUG